GUUUAAUCGAAACAUCUCACUAACUCAAAGACAGUGGAAGAAAAAUGAAUUUCUUUCAUAUUGUAUUUGUAACCCUUUUUGUUAUUAUUGCGAAUGAAGCGAAAGUUUUGAAAAAUUCAAAUAAAUGCCACGAAACUUUGGGGGAUGAAUUGGUUGAAGAGAUAUGGGGUUACGAAAAUGUUAAGGAUGAGAUAUUAGACUAUGUUUUGAACGGUGAUUUUAAAGGGAAAACUUAUGAUGAGUUGGCGAAAUUCGUGGACAAGUUUGGAGCGCGGCCGUCAGGCACAGAAGUACUUGAAAAGUCUAUAGAUUACAUGAUCGAAUUAUCUAAGCAAGAAGAUUUAAAUGAUAUUGUUACUGAAGACGUUGAGGUUCCAAGAUGGAAACGAGGUGAAGAGAAAAUAACAAUGCUUGAGCCAAGAGAAAAAGACAUUGCACUUUUGGGCCUUGGUCGUAGUGUUAGUACUCCUGCCGAAGGAAUCACAGCUGAAGUUAUCGUCAUAUCGAACUUCACACAACUUGAAAAUACACCUGAGGAACAAGUUAAAGGCAAAAUUGUUCUCUACGUUCCUAUUUUUACUACCUAUGGAGAAACUGUAGUAUAUAGGUCACAAGGAGCGACAAAAGCAUCUGCUAAAGGAGCCGUUGCAUCAUUAGUUAGGUCUAUAACACCAUUCUCAAUUCAUACUCCUCACACUGGUUCUCAAACUUACGGAGAUGGUGUUGUCCCUAUUCCAACUGCAGCUAUUUCUUUGGAAGAUGCUGAUUUAAUCACAAGAAUACACAACAGAGGUGAGAAGGUCGUCCUACAUAUACUUAUGAUCUCAUCACUAGAAACGAAAGUUUCAAGGAACACGCUUAUAGACUUGAAGGGAUCAAAAGACCCAGAGAAACUGGUGAUUGUGUCUGGACAUAUAGACAGCUGGGAUGUAGGCCAAGGAGCCAUGGAUGAUGGUGGUGGCCUUUUCAUCAGUUGGGCAGCUCCAGUUAUUAUGAAACGACUAAACUUGAUACCAAAACGAACAGUGAGGGCAAUAUUCUGGACUGCUGAAGAGCUUGGACUGGUUGGUGCCUAUGCUUACGAGAAGGCGCAUAGAAAUGAAAGCCACAAUAUUAAUUUCAUAAUGGAAUCUGAUGAAGGAACAUUUGCCCCUCUAGGGUUGGCUGCCGCUGGCAAUGAAAAAACGCUUUGUAUCGUUGCGGAGGUUUUGAAACUAUUCCAGUCAAUUAAUGCUUCUACUCUUGUAGAAGAGGAUAGUCCUGGUUCAGAUAUUGCUAUAUUUACUGGAAAUGGUAUCCCAGGAGCUAGUCUUCAUAAUGACAAUAGUAAAUAUUUCUGGUUCCACCACACUGAGGGAGACACGAUGAAUGUGGAAAGUCCAGAGGAACUUGACCUUGGAGCCGCGUUCUGGACGGCUGUCGCUUACAUCAUCGCUGAUAUCUCCGUUGAUAUCCCACGAUAAGUAAAAAAGAUUAUAUAAAAAAUUGUGAAUAUUUUAAUUUAAAAAUAUAAGAGUAUAAGUGUGAUUGUAAAGUGGUUUAAAAUUUCUAGAAAUCCAUAAUAAAGUUCUAUUUUUAGAUAAAA